AAAUUAAUUUGUGGGACGGUCGCUUGCGCAGUCAGUUUCUACAAAAAUCAGCUGGUAAAAGAAAAACAAAUGGUUAACCGCUAAUAUUGAGUUGAAUAAUCUCUUUUAUCUAGUCAGUGGAAAGAAUUCAAGUAGUGGGGACCUCGUAUACAUGGCACCAUGUCAACAAGAUUGCACUAGUUUGGCACCACAGUUUGCUCAGUUUGCGACCCACAGCACCCCCAGGAAGUAGGGAUAUGAAGCCUUCAUCAAUAGCACUAUUCAGGCAGUAUUUGGCUGCAGCAACAGCAAGCAUAUCAGUGAUAAUACUCGGUACUACCCUGGCAUGGCCCUCUCCAGUCUUGACGAAAAUCGAGGAAACGAACGAACCUAUGUCUCUGACAACAUCCGAAAUUUCUUGGAUGGUGUCUUUUCUCUACUUGGGCAAUCUAAUGAGCCCCAUGCCGGCGGGUAUGUUGAUGGAUCGUUUGGGGAGGAAAAGAUCUCUGUCUAUUUUGUCCGUUAUACCGCUCACCUCAUGGACGAUAAUAUACUUCGCCAAUGCUUCAUAUAUGUUGUAUAUCGCCAGAUUUUUAUCAGGUAUGUGGAGUGGCAUUGUAACCACCAUAGCACCUAUGUACUUGGCCGAAAUUUCUGAGCCUAGAAUUAGAGGAGCAUUGAGCACCUUUGUACAACUUAUGAUUAAUUUGGGGGUAGUUUUUGAGUAUAUUGUCGGACCGAGCGUUUCCUACCACCUGUUGGCUGUGAUAUCGGGUGCGAUACCUCUAAUAUUCGUAGUGACAUUUUGGUUCAUUCCAGAGAGUCCGUACUGGUUGGUUAUGGUGGGCAAGAAGGACGAAGCCUGUAGAUCCCUCGCUUGGCUGAGGGGAUACAACAGCCCCGACUGCGUCAAAGAAGAAAUGGAGAUAAUUGAAAAGAAUGUAAUUAAAGAAAUGUGCAAUAAACACACCAUGAAGGACUUAAUUGCGACCAGUGGAAACAGAAAAGCUUUGAUAAUUGUUGAAAUGCUCGCUAUACUACAGAGGAUGUCCGGUAUAAGCGCAUUGAUUGCAUAUACUUCGACGACCCUUCCUCCACAAGGAGCCGGCAUGUUAGGAAGAAACGAUUGUGUCAUCGUCAUGGGGAUGGUUUGGGUGGCUAGCGUUUUUAUCGCGAUGGUCUUAGUAGAUUCCUGGGGGCGAAAGCCCCUUCUGUUCGGCUCGAGCGUCGGCUGCGGCUUAGCUAUGUUCACGGCUGGGCUAUGGUUUUUUUUAGACACGGAGACCGACAUCAACGUUCAACCGAUCUACUGGCUUCCGUUCUGUUCCUUGUUGGUAUACGGAUUGUGUUUUAGCAUUGGAUUGGGACCUAUCCCUUCCACCGUCCAGGGAGAAGCUUUUCCGACAAACAUUAAAGGCCUCGCAUCGGGUUUAACUGCAGUCGUCACCGCUGGAACGUCUUUCAUCAUGAACAAGAUCUACCACCCUCUCGCCGAAGGCGUCGGCAUGUACAUCAACUAUUGGGUGUUCUCCUGUGCCUGUGCUGUCGCGACCAUUUUUGUUAUAACGUACGUCGUGGAAACCAAGGGGAAAACCCUCCACGAAAUUCAAGAAAAACUGAAUCACAAAAAGAUAACAGUUAACUCAAACGGGACUCGGUCCACGCCAGACAUAAUAACCAAUAGCGUUUAAAACCUUAUCAGGUACAAUAUUCAUUCAACAAGUAAUUGCUUACUAAAAAUAAAUUCCAUCAUUAACACUUUUAAUCCAACAUUUAUACUUGACGAUCAAGCAAUAUGUUUUUUUUUAAAUAUUAUUUUGACGAGUAUUUACCUCAUUUCUCCUCGUAAAUUCUUCCCCGUUGAUGUCUCAUUUCUAUUUCGAUUGUUUGUAUAUUAAUUAAAUCGAACUAACUGAGGCCAAAAUAAGCCAUUACAUUGCUACAUUCAAUUCAGAAUAUUUCCUUCACAUGAAGUGGAUGUACUCUCAAUUUAUGUUGUUAAUAGUAGCGUGAAAGAACCUUUUAUAAUUUCUUUUUGGAAAAGAUCUCAAUAUCGCACAUUUGACAAAAUUGCGGUAAUUUGCACAAAAUGAAUUAAAAAUUUGAACAAAUAUGUGAUUCGUUAGAUGAUUAAUUGUAAAAAAU